GAACUGAAGCUGAGUAAUAGUAACUCUAGAGACCCGUGGAUUCGAUAUUUAUUACUUGUACCACUAUACUGCAGUCCCUUUCAUUGGUUACACUUUUCCAUUGUUAGGUGUUGUGUUUUAGAGUGUCAAGUUUUUGGCGCCGUUACCGGGGACUUUCUAGAUUAUUAGGAAAGGCAGAAGUUUGUUACUUUAGCGUUUUUCUUUUCUUUUCCACCCUUGCUUUUUACUUGGGUGUUUUUUGUUUUUGUUGGUGCAGAUCUGAAUCAUGGAUCCUCAUGGCUUCUCCAACCAUUGGGGGUAUCCACCACCAUCCGAGUGGUAUUACCCCGAGACUCCCUACAACAAUCAAGGAGGAGAAGACUAUGGAUUUGGGUUCCAGUACCAACCCCCUUACUACGGAGAACAAUCAGACCCCUGGGCAUAUCAAGAACAACCUCAUUACCAAGAAGACUUUCUCCCACAACCCGUAGGGCCAUCAGAGUUGGAGUUAGCCAUGGAGGCCUUCACUGGCCACUCUACAGAGCCAUGCUACACUUCACUGGAAGAUCCGAACAAACAAUUAAGGCUUCUCGUAGAGCAGUUUGCUCGAGACACUGAGAGAUCAUGCUCCAAGAUGGAUCUUCAAAUCAAAGCCCUUGCCCCUUCCGAUCCCUCAUUUCUCCAUGAAAUGGAGGAGACUAUUCAGCGCUCCGCGAAGCAAACAGAGUGGGUGGAGCAAGUUUGCUCACAUCUUGCUCAAGAUCACCUUUCUGCUACCACGCUAAAAGAGGUGGAGGAUGACAAAGGCUACGGGGAUGUUGAGGAGCAUACAGAAUUUAUCACAGAGAACUCCCAUGAUAAUCAUGAUCAGGAAAGUCCUCUGGUUGCAUAUCACACAUUUCCUUAUUUCUGCUCUAACAUGCUUUGCCCGAGCGAGGAGAUGCAAGAUGAUCUCAUCGAAGAAAUUACAUGGCGACUUGCUCUCCAAUCUGUGCUAGAAGAAGAAGAGCAAGAAAGGGUGCAGAAAGAAGUUGUGGAGGAUGACGAAAGUGAAGCAGGAGGAGUUCUUGAUCACUUCCCAGGGGUGAUACCACAUGAAGAAGAAAGGGGGGUUGAAGAAGCAAUUGGCGUCCAGGCUGAGGACGGAGUUAAGGUGGAAGAGGUCUGCACCGGCCAUGAGUUACAUGUGAUAUCUCCACCAAACUUCAAGGAACUGCUUAGCAAGGACCCAUUUGCAGUGUCUCUUUGCCAGACCAAGGCCACAUCGACAUCGGUCCCUCUUGGUGGACGCGAUGGUGGCCAAUCGAUGCUGUCAUAUCUGGUUUGGGGCAAUGGGAUGAGAAAAGAGAAGAAGAGGUCUCGAGGAUGGAGACUUCAUCUGCAUCAAGUGCACGAGCUUCCAUCACCAGUCAUACCACAUGCUCGUGACUUGCGACUCCACCUCAUUGACGAGAACCUCAACUUCAAGGAAGUUCUAGCAUGGACCAAAACUUAGGAGCCAUCGUCUGGCUCACGACGUGAAAGAAGCGCUUGUUGGGAGGCAACCCAACCAGUCGGUUUGCAUUUCUUUCUCUAUUUCUCCUCGGUUGAGUCAGUUUUGUUAUUUGAUUUUAGAGUCAAUAACUCAACCUUUGUGAGAUAUUGUGUGGUGUUUGCGUUCUGAUUACUCUCUCUUCCUGGAAUGCACCGCCUGACCCGUCCAUCAUCAUUCACCCUUGAUCUGGUAACUUCAUUCUACCCUACUUAUCUUUCCUCCAUUGAGGACAAUGUCGUGCUUAAGUGUGGGGGGGUGUUCGAUUAUGUAUGCGGGUGAAUGUUUGGCUGUUUGUGUGCUUGGAGCCUAGUCCACUGUCCAAAAUUUUAAAUUUGAGGGCUCCAAGUACGUGUUUCCUUGCAAAUUGCCUGCUCAGUAUGCUUUGAAUCGACUUCUCUAUAGUAAUGUGCAACCUAGGGAGGUAGUGUAGCACUGUGGAGGAUGUUGAAGUAUAAGAUUUUUCCUAUCUAGCUCUCUGUUGUGCCAGUUGAUUUUGUGAAUUAGUGGAGCUAAGACCGUUGAAUUCAUGUGGUAAUGGUGACUCUGUUUGGAUUGUGUUAUGGACUCGUGUAUCGAACAGGGUGCUCAUAUGGAAAAUGGGAAGCAGUUGGUCCUCCAUGUCGAAAUCAUAGAAAUCUUAAACAUGGGGUAAGCCCAACGUGUGUGGCACCGUUCAUUGCACAAAAUCGGGUUUUGGAAGAGAUUUUAGUGAUCCUUAGUGGGGUACUCCUACAAGGUGAAACUAAGCUGUCUCUAGUACAAGUAAAAUUUUCACCCGUUGAACGGUUUGCCUACUUGAGGAUGUGUUUUUAAGGGCACGGAUAGAGCUUCCGACCCCCCUUGAUUUCAUUGACCCUCCACACGAGUUGAGGAAAAGGAGUUAAAAGAAGUACUCUGGCGAGCGCUAGAUGUACAAAAAUUGCUCUUGCUUGACUAAUAAGGGUCGACCGUGCAAAAGACUGCAGUUGGAACCCCCGCCAAGUGAAUGAAGGAAAAAAGAGAAAAAGAAAUGUAAAUGAAAGUGCAAAAAGGGGUUCCAACGGUGAAAUGAAGUGAAAGAGCACCCCGGUACAACGAGUCCUUGGUUGUGAAUGGUGUGAGUCCCUUUGUCCAUGAACUGACUGUCUUACUUCUACUUCUUCUCAUGUUCCUGGCUUGAGUCUAGUACUCGCAUUGAGAGAGAUAGGGGACGUCUUAGAAGACCAGUUGACCUCGUAAGAUGCUAUAUGAUCUAGGAAAUCCUCUACCGACGAUCGGGGUUGUUUGUUGCUAUAGAGGUCUGGAGACCUGCAUUGGUUUGAGUUAGGUUUGCUUGGGGACAAGCAAACAGUUAAGUGUGGGGGGAUUUGAUGACUCGGAUUUGCACACGUUUUCCCCUUUGUUUCUUGAUUGUUUGAGCUUGAAUUAUUGCGUCUUUGUCCUAUUUUAUGCUAGGUUGUGUUCCUUUGUCACAUUUCAGGUCCUAGAACAUAAAGUGAAGCAUAGGCG